CUCCUCCCCCCUCCUCUCCUCCUCCCCGCUGUUUUUAUUUUUGGUUGCUAUUUGUAUUGUUUAUCCCACCCUCGCGCUCUGUCUCACACAUACCUUUUUUUUUUUCUUUUUUUGUUUGUUUACCUGCGUGUGCUUAUCCUCCUGCAGUGAACAGGGUCAAUCCCUUCUCCAUCCGCCAUCAUCUCACCUACCACUCAUUCGUCUCCAUUCCUUUUACACUCCCUCUUUAUCCAACACAGUGCUUUCUCCUACGCCCUUCCCUCCGCACUGCAACUGAGCCGCUACCCUGCCCCUCCACAGUUCUGAUUCUCCACCAGACUCUACUGCUCUCUGACGACUCUUUCUUUCCUCACCCACUCCUCGUACCUGAAAGAGCGCUCUACAGCAGGACAGCAGCCAACACUAAUUCAGGAUGGUCUCUGAGACCAUUGAUAUUCAGGUCCUGGUGAGGGCCAUGUACGACUAUGAGUCGGAGGAUGCCACCAACCUGAGCUUCAAAAAGGACGAUGUGAUCCAGGUUCUGGCCCAGCUCGAGUCGGGCUGGUGGGCGGGCCAUUGCCAGGGUCGUCAGGGCUGGUUCCCAUCCAACUACGUCCAGGUCCUCGGCGAAGACGACCUUGACAGCCAGGACGAGGAUUUAGACCAAGAAAGAGAAGAUCUUGAUAGUGCAGAUGAUCUCUGGCUUCCACAGACAACGCCCGAUGGCCAGGUCUUUUACUACAACCAACGUACACAAGAGUCCAGUUGGACCAUACCCGAGCCAGAGGACCGGGCCAGCAUCGUAAGCAUGGGAACCACCGAUACCGCCAGUCAGGAUGUCGCAGGCCAAGCCGGGUGGUCGGUGCGACAAUCGACAUCGAAUGGCAACGGCUGGUAUAAUUCAGAGGCUGAGGACGAGGAUCAGGAUCAGGACCAGGAACAGGAGCAACAUCAAGAACACGAUGGCGAGAGCCAUGAUGGCCGCACACACGAGGGCGAUUCGCAACUGUCUCGUACGUCCAGCACACGCUCCUCUACCAAUAAUAAGGCCACUGGCGGAGACGCUGGCAGUACCACCGGGUCCUCCACAGACCCCGCCCAGACAUUGGCUACCGUACGCAAACCUUCCGGGCUGGCUCCCGGUAUGCCCCAGGAGUCUAUUGAGGGUCUGCCGCCUCUGCCACAGCUGCCCAAUCCUUUUGAUCCAGAACCCACUUGGCAGUCGCUCGCUGACCACACCGCCGCUGCAGUCGACAACCUGCUCGCCUCUGCCGAGAAGGGCUACAAGCCUUACUAUCUCAUCCAGUCUUCCAUCGUUGUCGAGGCCAUCCGCGUCAUGCUCUAUGCCUCUGGCACUGUCGAUAAGGAUGCCGCCAUCAUGCGGCAGCACCGCGGGCUCAAGAUGCAGCAUCGACAGAUCAUGGCUGCUCUCUCAAAGCUUGUGCUCUCUGCCAAGAUGGCCUCGGGUGUUUGGCCAGCUGUAGAUGCUAUCGCAAAGCUGCAGGCUGAUGCCAGGGAGGUCAAGACGGCAGCGCAGAGCUACGUUGCGACUGCCAUGGCUACGGAUAUUUCUGUCCACCAAGUCGAUGCACGCCUUGUGACCGAUGUCAAGAGCCCACUUCGCGCCAAAGCUGCUGCUCGGUCUCUAGAUAGGGCUCUUUCGAAUACAUCGCUGAGGGGCGAUAAUG